AUGGCCGAAGUGGGGGGCUGGCGCAGGAAGGAGGCGGCAGGCCAAAGUCUGAUUGAUGAGCUGAAGGAGUCUGUUAGCAGAGGGAAGGGGGAGGCAGGCAUCGAUAAGCGCACCCAGAGAAAUUCCAACCAUGUAUGGAUCAAGCCGUGCAGGAAGAAACGAUCGAUCUGGGCUCGUGACCCUGCUGCGGUGGACUGUGAGCAGUAUGCCUUGACUGUCCUGGCAGACACCCUGAGGGCUUACCUGCAGGACCUGCUGUGCCCCCUCAUCCCGGAGGUGGUGUACAGUGAGCUAGUCUACACUGCUCAGGAAACUCAGAAUUUGGAGGAGUGUGGUCAGCAGCUGAAGAAAAUCCUGGACUCCCCCAGCGUUCCACAGUCUAACCACCAGUUACUCGUCCAUCUGACCCGGCACCUCAGCAAGGUGGCCCAAAGUGAGGGAGCUGCUCAGGCGAGUCCCAGGCUUCUGGGUCAGGCCUACAGCGAGGCAGUCUUCAAAAACAACCACUUCAGUGCGGACGUGAACCCCGAGCACCAUGUGAAGAUUCUGGAGGCCCUCAUCUCGGUGGGAGGCCUGAUGGAGAUGCAGGCUGCCCCAGGCACGCAAUGCUGUGCCCUCAAACGCCUGGCUGCCUCGCUGCCUCGCUGCCUCGCCACAUCUCGCUCCAGAUUCGGCCUCUAA